CGUGCCCCGCCCCUCCCCGCCCGGAGCCCGGAUGAAGAGUAACGCCAUUACCGCCGGAGCCGCCGAGAGCCCUCGCGGACGGGGACCGGACGCCGGAGGGCCCGCGCCAUGAAGUCCCUCCCCCGCCUGCUGCUGCUUCUCCUGCUGGUGUUCCCCGCCACUCUCUUGCUCCGAGGCCGCCCUGGAGGCUCAUUGGCAGCGGCUCAAGAUCUUACAGAAGAUGAAGAAACGGUGGAAGAUUCUGUAAUUGAAGAUGAAGAUGAUGAAGCAGAAGUGGAAGAAGAUGAACCCACAGAUUUGGCUGAAGAUAAAGAGGAAGAAGAUGUAUCUGGUGAACCUGAAGCUUCACCAAGUGCAGAUACAACCAUCCUGUUUGUGAAAGGAGAAGAUUUUCCAGCAAAUAACAUUGUGAAGUUCCUGGUAGGCUUUACAAACAAGGGUACAGAAGAUUUUAUUGUUGAAUCUCUGGACGCCUCAUUCCGUUAUCCUCAGGACUACCAGUUUUAUAUCCAGAAUUUCACAGCUCUUCCUCUGAAUACUGUAGUGCCACCCCAGAGACAGGCAACUUUUGAGUACUCCUUCAUUCCUGCAGAGCCCAUGGGUGGACGGCCCUUUGGUCUAGUCAUCAAUCUGAACUACAAAGAUUUGAACGGCAAUGUUUUCCAAGAUGCUGUCUUCAAUCAAACAGUUACAAUUAUUGAGAGAGAAGACGGGCUAGAUGGAGAAACAAUCUUUAUGUAUAUGUUCCUUGCUGGUCUUGGGCUUUUGGUGGUGGUUGGCCUUCAUCAACUCCUAGAAUCUAGAAAGCGCAAGAGACCCAUACAGAAGGUAGAGACGGGUACCUCGAGUCAGAGUGAUGUUGACAUGAGCUGGAUUCCUCAGGAAACUUUGAAUCAGAUCAAUAAAGCUUCACCAAGAAGGUUGCCCAGGAAACGGGCACAGAAGAGAUCGGUGGGAUCUGAUGAGUAAAUGUUCUUUGUGCAACAAUUCGGUCUUUACUUAACCCGCCCUAAUGUUUUUCGGCCUGAUGGGAAUUAGUGCAGAGAAGCCAUAUCACCAUAGAAGGCAACUACUACUUAAUGUGUGGACUGAGCAAUCAGAGUCUGUGGCGAUAACAUUGCUGAAAAUGCACUGCAUUUAUUUUUCUAAAGUAACAAAUUUGGUUUUUUUAAAACCAUUAAAAUCUAUGUGAGUGUGUGUGUGUGUAUGUAUGUGAGCAGUUGGUCUUACCAGAAUCAUUGUUGAACUAUCUGAAGCAUGCCUUUAGAAUACUAAAUAUAAUGCUAUUGUCUCUUC